GCUCGAGCGACACGGAAGUCCGGCUGUGAUUAUUCCACAUUGACGCCGCUGCCGGAGACACACGGAGACGGCGGGUCGGCUUUGGGACGGUCCUUGUGAGCCUCGAAAUAUGUAUUUGCGUGAUUGACAAGCGCCGGCGGUUUGACAGCCCGCGAUGUUACGCGCAGGGUGUGUGCCAGGUGAAGUUUUGUUCUAGAGACUCUGAGCGCCGGCCUCCGUUCAGCCCCGCCGCAAAAGAAUGAAAUUUCUCCGCAGGUUCCUGCGCAGGCGGCUGCACCCGUGGAAGCUCGCCAUCGUGGCCUUUGUGUUCGUGACGUUCCUGUUUCUGAUGCAGAGAGAAGUGGUCAGUCACAACCCGCAGGAGGAUCCUUGGCUCAAGGACAUCGUGGGCAAACGGGACGCCGUCAUCGGGAUGGUGAUGGGAGCCGUGAAUAACUUCCGGGACGCUAUGCCAAAGAUGCAGAUCAAAGCUCCCGUGAGACAGCAGCAGCAGGGAAAUGAAGGCGGCCUGGUCUGUUUACCUGGACACUACACGGCCGCCGAGCUCCGUCCGGUUCUGGAAAGACCCCCGCAGAACCCCAGUCAGCCGGGGGCUUCUGGGAAGUCUUUUAACACUGACAACUUGAGUCCAGAGGACCAGAAGGAGAAGGAGAGAGGCGAUGAGAAGCAUUGCUUUAAUUUGUACGCCAGCGAUCGGAUCUCGCUCAGCAGGGACCUGGGACCCGACACGAGACCUCCGGAAUGCAUAGAGCAGACGUUCAAGCGCUGUCCGGCCCUCCCGACCACGAGUGUGAUCAUCGUUUUUCAUAAUGAAGCGUGGAGCACGUUACUGCGCACUGUCUACAGCGUCCUGCACACCUCCCCUGCGCUCCUGCUGAGGGAGAUCAUCCUGGUGGAUGACGCCAGCGUAGACGAUCGACUGAAGGACGAACUGGACGAGUACCUGAAAAAGUUGAACAUCGUCCGUGUGGUCCGUCAGCUUGAGAGGAAAGGUCUGAUCACGGCUCGACUCCUCGGGGCGUCGGUGGCUACGGGAGACACGCUCACCUUUUUGGACGCCCACUGCGAGUGUUUUCACGGAUGGCUGGAGCCUCUGUUGGCCCGGAUAGCAGAGAACUCAACAGCCGUGGUGAGUCCUGACAUCACCACCAUUGACCUGAACACCUUUGAGUUCAUGAAACCCUCGCCGUACGGACAAAACCACAACCGUGGGAAUUUCGACUGGGCCUUGUCCUUCGGCUGGGAAGCACUUCCGGCUCACGAGAAACAGAGGCGCAAAGAUGAGACCUACCCCAUUAAGACUCCCACUUUUGCAGGCGGCUUGUUUGCCAUUUCAAGAGAUUACUUCUACCACAUCGGAAGCUAUGACGAAGAAAUGGAGAUUUGGGGAGGAGAAAAUAUUGAAAUGUCCUUCAGGGUGUGGCAGUGCGGCGGGCAGCUGGAAAUCCUUCCCUGUUCUGUCGUCGGUCACGUGUUUCGCACGAAGAGUCCACACACCUUCCCCAAAGGCACACAGGUAAUCGCUCGAAAUCAGGUGCGACUGGCUGAGGUGUGGAUGGACGAUUAUAAAGAAAUCUUCUACAGGAGAAACCAGCAGGCUGCAGACAUCGCCAAAGAGCACUCAUAUGGAGACAUCGCUAAGCGUGCAGCUCUCAGAGAAAAGCUCCAGUGUAAGAAUUUUUCCUGGUUUUUGAAGAACGUCUAUCCAGAGGUUUUCUUGCCUGAUCUCAAUCCCCUUCAUUUCGGCGCGAUAAAGAAUAUCGGUAAGGAUGGAUGUCUGGACGCUGGGGAGAAUAACGAUGGAGGAAAGUCUCUGAUCAUGUAUCCCUGCCACGGGAUGGGAGGAAACCAGUAUUUUGAGUUUUCAACCCAUCAUGAGAUCAGACACAACAUUCAGAAGGAACUCUGUCUGCACGCGGUCGAAGGAGUCGCCAAAUUAGAGGAAUGUCAGUAUAAAGGACACGACAGUAAGACAGGACCACAGCAGAAAUGGGAGAUAAGAAAGGAUCAGCUUCUUUAUAACAAGGCCUCACAAAAGUGCCUGACAGCUCUUCAUGAGAAUCCAUCUCUCGUGCCCUGCAAUCCAGCCGACAGAUUCCAGCUCUGGGUCUUUAUCUGAACGGAGGGAUCGCUCGUAAACACAGGGUCCAAAAUCCACUGCUCAUUUUAAAAAAAAUCUGAGGGAAAUAUUUAUUACCGGCCAAGAAAUUUUAUUUGCUUUAUUUAAAACGUAAAUAAGGCGACCAAAUUAUAUUUUUUAUGGUUUUGUUCUUCAUAUUAAGUUUGAUGUGAAGAACAUAUUUUACACAGAAUAUUUUGCCACGUUUUGGAGACGGACAAAAAACCUUUGUAAAAAGCUUAUGAACGUCUGAUGCUAAAAUAGCCAUUGAGGAAUUUUGUUAGAUCAGCAAAAUUUGUAUAAUAAUUUUACUUUUUACAUAUAGAAGUUUUUAAAGCCAAACUCUGUUUUUAGUGUUCAUUGUUGGACCCUGCACAGACAGGACACACUGCACAGUUAUGAGCUUGAGAUAUGAUUUUAAUUUAUUUUUGUACGUGGAAAAUAUUGCUGUUGGAAAGUUGGAAUAUCUCUAAAGGACCAAAAAGCACAAGACAUUCCAGGAGAAAAGUGCCAAUGCAUCUUCGGACUGGGCACUCAGAAACGUGCAGUAAAGUGAAGUCAUUUUUUACUUUUCUCUAUGUUGUUCUGUCCGUUUCGUCCUUUUCUUUUUCAGUAUGCAUAUGUCUGAAAGACCCGUGUCUUAGAACGAUUGUUUUUUUUACGUUGACUUGAAUCUUUCAACCACACCGGUGCUAAAUAUCAAGUGCGUUUCUCAAUGUGAGAUGCGCGUGAUGGACGUCUAAAAAAAGCAGAGGCCUUAUCUUCUUCAAAGAAUCAUGUUAUGCAACAUGAAGAGUUUACAACACCAAAGACAUCUUGAAAGUAUUUGUUUUAUAUUCCCUCUUUAAAAAGUGGAUUUUGUGUCUUUCUUUGUGCAUUCUGAUGUGAGACGGGUCAUUCCGGUUAUGCGGUACUUUAUAAUCUGUAAAUAACAAAAUAAUAAUAAUAUUCAUGUGUAGUAAUUAAAGAAAGCAUAAAAUAUAAA